AUGUGGCUGAUCCACGUCGACACGCGAAAACUACAUUGGCACGCCGGCGAGACGCUUCCUCGAUAUGCUAUCCUCUCGCAUACCUGGGGAGACAAUGAGGUCACCUUCCAAGACAUGCACCACCAGAUCGACAGAAGCAUUCACGACAAAGCUGGCUAUCGCAAGAUCGACUUCACCUGCAACCGUGCCAAAGCAGAUGGUCUUUACUGGGCCUGGGUAGACACUUGCUGUAUCGACAAGAGUAGCAGUGCCGAGCUUUCGGAAGCCAUCAACUCCAUGUUCAGAUGGUACCACAAUGCCAGGACUUCAUCCACAACACAACAGCAGACGGACCAACUUUCCGAGGACACGACUCCUUCAGCAAUAGCAGGUGGUUCACUCGUGGAUGGACACUGCAAGAAUUGA